AUGCUUAGACUUUUACUUGCAAACAAAAGAUUUUAUUCUACAGAACCUCUACGAGUCCAUUGGUAUUAUGCUUCAGAUACUCCUCUUUCCAAAUCAACUUUUAAAGCUUGGAAACCGUCUUCUCCACCAGCAAAAUUUGUACCAUUCCCAGCACGCGAUUCGGCUCGGCUUGAAGCUGCUUUCCGCUCAACAGAACCAAUUGCAAAUAAUAAAAACAAUAAUAAUAAAUCAUCUCAUGAAGGAGAACCAAUGGCUCAAAGUAGAGACUCUUCAAAAAAUAAUAUAAAAGUCUCAGUCCUAGAAGAUGCCCUUUAUGAAGUAGACGUCCAUGCAAGAACUUUAUACCCAAUUUACUGGGAUGGCCCGACUUAUGAGGUCCGCCGUGGAUCUUGGUUUGUAGCAGAUGGCUCUACCACUGGUCCUAUCCCAGAACCAUUAGCUCAAGAACUUGAAAAACUUUACGCUAAUGUAGAACCCAAAAAAUCUGAAAAUAAUAACAAUAAUAACAAUAAUAAACUUCAAAAUAAAGACGAUAAUGAUGAUAAUGAAACUAGUCAAGCAAUGCUACCACUCAAAACAACUCUCCACCCAGAUAAUAUCCUUAAAUCAGUAUCACCAGUCUAUGCAUGUAAUCUUAAAGACUCCUCUUUACAAACCCAAGAACCAGAUGCUGUCGAAACCUUAUUAGCACGCGGGGCCGCUGAUUCAGAGGCUCUACAAAAAAUGCUUGAUCAGAAAAAAAGUGGUCGUGCAUACGCUAGUUUUUCUCGUAUGCAACGUGGAACAGCAUGGCUUACCCCUGGAGAUCUCGGUGCUGUUUUACUCAGGAAAUUAGUAUCACUUGGUGGAAUUAAACUUACUCGCGGUUAUGUCCCGCCAUCUGCUGCUGAUAAAGCCUCUGAUUUAGGUAAGGCAGCUGCAGAAGCUGCAGCAUUAUCAGUAGAACGACCUGUUGAUCACCUGGUAAUUUGUUUACAUGGGAUUGGACAAAAACUUAAUGAACGGAUUGAGCAAGUCAAUUUUGUUCAGGAUAUUAAUGUUUUCCGGAAACUAUUAAGACAUGUGUAUAAGGAAUCAACAGAACUGCAGGAAAAACGUCACGGGGCAACAACGAACCUCGGUAAAAUAGUACACUCGGCAUCUGCGGCAACUACCACAAAAGAUCAAGGCCAUGGUAUCCAAGUUAUCCCACUCAUUUGGCGACAUAAUGUACAGUUUGGUAUGACACGCAAGGAUAUUGAGGUUAAUGGUCAUGGUGAAGUGUCGCUGGAAGAUAUCAAUGUAGACGGUGUGUUACCUUUGCGAAGCAUUGUGGGCGACGUUGUACUAGAUGUUUUACUUUAUUAUCAACCUCAAUACCAUGAACAAAUCAUGACAACUGUAGUUAAACAACUUAAUGGUGUGUUUGGAGAAUAUUGUAAACGGAAUCCUACAUUUGCACAAGCUCCAAGAGUUUCACUUGUUGGUCAUUCAUUAGGAUCAGCAAUUGCAUUUGAUAUUUUAUGUGCUCAAGGAAUCCCUGGAUCUCCACAAUUAGAUUUUGAUGUUGACAUUUUCUUUGGUGUUGGUUCACCUGUUGGUAUGUUCCAAUUACUUAAGGGAAAUCAUAUUGCAGCUAGACUUGAUGACAAUGAUGAUGAUGACUUGUCAAAGGAACAUACUCAUCAAAAAAAUACAGACGACCCACAAUGGCCAGCAAUUCAGUCACCUAAAGUUAAAGAUUAUUAUAAUAUUUUCCAUCCUUCAGAUCCAGUGGCAUACCGUGUAGAUCCACUCGUACAUCGUGAUGCUGCAUCCUUACCUGCACGCAAAGUCCCAUAUGCUCCAGGAACACUCCCCUCACAACUUGCUCAAUUUUCUCAGUUAGCGUCUCGGUUUUCUUCAGAAGCAACAUCAUUAUGGUCUAAUGUAACUGCAGCUUUAAUUGAUGGCAACUCAUCACUGGCAUCUUUGGCCAAUGUAUUUACAACAACAACAACAACAACAACUACCAAUAACAAGUCUAAACAAAAGCAAGAAGAUUUAUCUUUGGCUGUUGCAAGAAGAGCACCUUUUGAUAGUUUACCAAAGGAGACUCAAGAAGCCGUGCAUAAGAAAUUAUCAAAAUUAAAUCAUACUGGACAACUUGAUUACGCAUUCCAAGGUGGUGUAUUGGAGAUUUCUGUUUUUACUGCAAUUGCUUCGCACGUGUCUUAUUUCGAACAAGCUGAUCUUGCUAGUUUUUUGCUGGCUAGCAUUUAUUCGUUAAAUAAUGGUGGCAGCAAUAAGAGAAGAGAAAAGAAAAAGAAACACGAAAAACACGCGUAA